AUGACCUAUGCGGAGCUCGAUGAACAGAUCGAAAGGCUGCAGACAGGAGAAAGUCUAACAGAAAAUGAAGUCAGAAGUCUCUGUGAUAAGGCCAAGGAAGUGCUUCAGGAAGAAUCCAACGUCCAACCAGUUCAAGCCCCAGUCACCAUUUGCGGAGAUAUUCAUGGUCAGUUCUAUGAUCUAGCAGAACUAUUCCGUAUUGGGGGAAAGUGUCCUGAAACGAACUAUGUUUUCAUGGGAGACUACGUGGACCGAGGUUAUUACUCGCUGGAAACAGUCACAUUGCUGAUGGCCCUGAAAGUUCGCCACCCUAACCGCAUCACCAUCCUGCGGGGAAAUCAUGAAAGUCGGCAAAUCACACAGGUUUAUGGAUUUUAUGAUGAAUGCCUUCGAAAAUAUGGAAAUGCCAACGUUUGGAAACAUUUUACCGAUACUUUUGACUACUUGCCGAUGACUGCGGUGGUUGCUGAUCGUAUUUUCUGUUUGCACGGUGGCCUUUCCCCAUCCAUUGACACUCUCGAUCAUGCGCGCGAGCUAGAUCGAGUACAAGAAGUCCCUCAUGAGGGACCCAUGUGCGAUUUAGUCUGGUCCGAUCCCGACGAUCGAAGUGGAUGGGGAAUUUCACCACGGGGAGCUGGCUACACCUUUGGUCAAGACAUUACAGAACAGUUCACCCACAUGAAUGGUCUUCAUUUUGUGGCAAGAGCACAUCAGUUGGUGAUGGAGGGUUAUCAAUGGCAGCAUGAUCGGCAUGUUGUCACUAUCUUUUCGGCUCCUAAUUAUUGCUACCGUUGCGGCAAUCAAGCUGCAAUCAUGGAAGCGAAUGAUACGGUGGCAAAUUGCACCAAGGAAGAGAUUCACGAUCAUUGUAAAUUUUCACAAUUUGAUCCAGCCCCUCGCGACGACACUUGGCAUAAGACUUCUCGGGCGCCAGACUAUUUCUUGUAA